CGCUGCUCGAUGUUACAUGCCCUGUCCACGCAUCUAAAAAGCCGGUAAUUACUUCCAGCAAGCACAACUAAACAUGCCUGUUAUCCCCACCAUUCUCGAGGGCGCCGCCCACUCAACCAGCAACCCCACCGUCGAGCUCCCUCUUGCCGACUCCGACUUCACUCUCGAUGCAUCUGGUGUCGCAGGUUUCUUCGGUGGCGACGUCGCCGUCUCCGCCAUGGCCACCGUCCACGUAUACAGGGGGAGAAGAUGGUUAGGCUGGUACAACACCCCAGGUUCAUAUGAGAUUGGGAAGCGUUACGGGAUCCUUGCCAACUCGAGAGUAUGGGAUGGUAUAUUCCCUGGCGCCAACGUCGAGCCUGCAGAACUCUUCGGCCUCAACAACCUCAAAGGGCCCACGUAUCGUGGCGCAAAGUCCGGUUCAGUCAUCGACCAAACAGGGCACAUCGCCGCGCUCUUCGUGGACGAAUGCAAGGACCACAAGCCCAAGGAGAUUGAUGGACGCCAGUCGGCUCCCGUUGGCGUCACCGUUGUCAAGCUCAACCCGGUCGAAAAAGAGAUGUACCCCACCCUCCUCCGCACAUACUCCGGCAUCCUGGCUCUCCUUCCCAUCCUCGUCAGCGUCGGCGCUUGCGUCGGCUGCGCCCUCGUUGCCGACUGGAUCACUUUCGUCAUGAUCCUCUACGGAAUCUUUACGAGCGGCAUCGCAUGCUUCGUCAUCGGCUCCGGCAAGCUCAAAUACACGCACCCCGAGCCGGCUCCGGGCGCACCGUCGGGCGACGGCAUCCUCACCGCCAGCAAUGGUGAGAUCAUCGUCCUCAAGGGCGCGGAGGCGGACGUGAACGCGGUCACGCGCGGCCAGUUCUGCCUCAGCUUCUACGGCGAGCCCAAGUACAGCAUGAUCGGAUGGGCAGGGCUCCUGCUCACUGUGCAGUUCGUCGCGCAGCUGCUGCUCAUCCCACAGGGCACGCUCUUCGGGCAGAUCCUGUUCAUCGGCUCGCUCGCGGUGUCCUGGAUGUACAACUCGUACCUGUCCUCGCUCGACUCGAUGCUCAUCCAGCGCAAGAUCCUCAUGGACUCCAUCCUCCGCCACCCGCGCAUGCGCAAGUACUCGCUCGGCACGCGCACGACUAUGGCCGUGUUCGUCAUGCUCAUCCUCGAGCCCGUCGAGCCCCUCAAGUUCCUCAACGAGCUCAUUCCCAACGACACGCUUGUGUGGCGCGUCUUCAAGCAGGCCGUCGUCGACCGCAUGCAGAGCAAAGAGGGCUUUGGCUUCGAUGCUGAGGUAGAUGCGGUGAUCCUAGGGAAGGAUCUCAACGAUCAGGAGAAGGAGCUGCUGUUGACGCUGUUUAAGGAUGCGGAGUCGGGAUACGAGGGCUGGCUGCAGCAUAGUGCUUCAUUCCACUCCGAAGCCGAAAAGAAGUCCGUUUGACAUGGCCUUGCCUGCGUUUUCUACCCUACCUAGCCUAUUUCCGAGUAGGCUCGCGCGACGCGUAGGCACAUGGUGCUCACGCAGUCGCCACGACUUUUGAUGUGCUAUGACCCAGACUCGGAUUGACACUCUUGCACAGUCCUCAUGAUGUAGCUGAUGUAUCGAUUGACGUCUCAUACCCACCUAUCAGCAUACUCAUCUGAUUCACGCAUACCAUAUCAUACAAGUAACCAUUGCACAAUCGUACCUAUACCAUGCAUCUAAAUGUAGAACUCUGUCUUCU